AUGACCUCUGCUCCAAUGCUUCUAUACUAUCGAUAUCCGGCCGACUUGGCUGUUCCUUAUCAACGUUACAGCUCUGCUGCAUAUCCUUCAGUCAAUCUUGAUGACUCCGAUAACGAGCCUCUUCUCCCCCAUUCUCACCGUCUCUCCGCCCUCUCAACUUCCCCUUACACUCCACGCACCUACUCCCAACAUAUGUAUGCUGCCCCCUCCUUUCUCAGCACUCCUAUACGCGAAGAUUCCAUCAUUCCCGCCAUUCUUGUUGAUGUUAUCCCCGCCGAACGACGUUAUUCUUCCCGCUCAGAUAGUAGCCAUGAUCACGAUACCAUUCGACAGAACAGCAAAACGGGUCUAGUCUCAAGACUUGUAAAAAAAAGGAAGAAUAAAGCGAAGAAUGCUGCAGAGGAGAAAGAAAAAAGAUACCUCAAACACUUUGCCCGCGGCCAGAGCGGCGAAUAUGUAGGCACCGAACCUCAUCGUCGCUGGACGGAAGAAGAGCUAGAACAAACAUUCGGAAAGUUCAGACCGCCCGUGAAAAGGAACAGUGGAAUGUUUUGGGGACGGGGCUAG